CAGGUGUGUCCCCCGCUUCUCAGCUGUGAGCUGACGCAUCCAUACCAACCGGCAGCGCGUUAAGAUGGCUGGCUCUGCCGCUGCUCCCAGCACCUUGCAGAUACUUCAGGAGGAAGCGGUGUGUGCCAUCUGCCUGGAUUACUUCAAGGAUCCCAUGUCCAUCGGCUGCGGGCAUAACUUCUGCCGAGGGUGUGUGACGCAGCUGUGGGGCAAGGAAGAUGAUGAGGAAGUCAGGGACGAAGAGGAAGAUGAAGAUGAAUGGGAGGAGGACAACGAGGCGGUGGGGCCGUCGGUGGGGGCCGUCGGUGGAUGGAGCAACUCCAUUCGAGAGGUUUUAUACCAGGGGAAUGCUGACGAGGAGUUGUUCCAGGACCAAGAGGAUGAUGAACUCUGGGACGGUGACGGUGGCGUAAGGGAUUGGGACAACGUGGAUUAUGUGUGGGACCAGGAGGAAGAAGAGGAGGAUACGGACUAUUACCUGGGAGGCGUGAGACAUGACCUGAGAACUGACGUCUACCCAGAAGAAGAGGAGGAGAUAUUGGAAGAAUACGAUGAGGAAGACCAAGAGCUGUAUCCUGACACUCACCUGCCUCCUCCCCCGGCCCCUCCACGGCAGUUCACCUGCCCCCAAUGCCAGAAGAGCUUUACGCGUCGCAGCUUUCGUCGCAACUUGCAGCUGGCCAACAUGGUCCAGAUAAUUCGCCAGAUGUGCCCCACUCCUAAUCGAGGGAGCCAGGGGAAUGAUCAGGGCAUCUGCUCCAAACACCAAGAAGCUCUGAAACUAUUCUGUGAGGUGGACAAAGAGGCUAUCUGUGUGGUGUGUCGAGAAUCCAGGAGCCACAAACAGGACAGUGUGGUGCCAAUGGAGGAAGUGGUUCAUGAGUAAAAGGUGAGCGGCAUGAGGGAAUGUGGGAUUUGAAGGGAGUGGAGGAGAAACCAGGGGACUUGGGACUUGGUAGUUGAGCCUCUUCUUUUGUGAGGGAUGGGGCACAGGGUGGAGAGAGAUGGGCAUAUGUGGACGGAGACAUUGGCUGAGGCUGACUGGCUUCCCCAGAGGAAACUGAGUAAAGACAAAAAACAGUAACUGGGAGCUAACCACUGUUGUUACUCCCUUUCAAUCUACCGAAGUAUAAGGGGGUAUAAGUGACAGACCCCCCCCACCCCCAGUACUUAAUUUCCCUCUGAUGUGAGUCCUGAGUCUACACCUGACCAAGACUCGGGGAUCCUUAAUACAUAGGAAUGGAAAGCCACAGUACUUGUAGAUAACAUACAUUCAGGACGUCAGCACAAGCAGUGUCAAAACAGAGGACUAAUACUGGUUACACCAAAAAGCCAGGUGUGAUUCCUGGACUAAUAAGAGCAACUGGACACACCCACCCUCCCAAAGUCUGGGGUCACUUUCCCACCUUCAGUAGGGCCCAUUUUCCCUGUAGAGAAAGGCAGAGGGCAUAAACAUCUUUGAUGGAUCAGAAUAAACCUCUUGGCCUGAUCACUUUCCUUACCUGGUAUUUUAUCAGAGUGGAAGUAGUUAAGGAUUUAGGAUCAGAUGACCUGGCUCUGCAAUUUAAGGUCUAAUGUUGAGCAAGUCUCAACCUCUUAGCUUUACUUUUCCCCUAGGCUUGUUAAGAUUAAAAGAGAUCAUAUAUGUGAAAGUAUUUUAUAAACCAUAAAGCGCUGAACAGAUGUUUCUUUAGUUUGGCUUUCCUCUAGUUUCCUUUCAUUUCUUUGGGUUCUGAUUUGGUUAAUACCUUGCUUUCUAGGCCUGAUCUGAGUAUUAGAAAAUUGUCUCAAUGACAGCAUGAAUACUGUCAAAAAGCCUAGAUGGAUGUGACUCCUAGCAGCACCCAAGGAGGGAGAGGUUGUCUUCAAGUCCAUAAAAGUCUUAUAAUCAAUAGCAACUGCUCACGUCUUAGUAGUGCUUUACAGUUUAUAAAAUGUAUUUCCUCAUGUUCUUCUACAGCAGUGGUUUUCAAACCAUAGAUUUUGACCAAUUAGUGGGUCUUAAAAUAAAUGGAUUAUGCCCAGCAUUAUUUUUAAAUGAAACAGAAGAGAAAAUAUCAGAGUGCAUGGGAGCACAGUAAGGGUAAGUAUUGUUUUAUGAAACUUUUAAAUUAUAUGUACACAGGUGUAUACUUGGUUUCAAAACGCAAAGAGAACACUGCCUUACAGGCAUUAUAGUUUAGAUAAUAUCAUCACCCCCCCCCCACCAGUUUCACAGCAAGUGCACAGUUAAGACACAAAUCUUCACUACAAACCACUGCUAAUUCCAUCAUAUUAAUAUGAUUUAAGGAUAAACCCUACUACCAUGCUUUCCCCCCAGGGUAAUAAUUAAGUUUGCUUAUAGAAGAAACUAUGUCCUAUAUUUCUGGGUUUUGGUACAUUGAAGCUGAGGAGAGGAGGUAACCUUUCAUUACUCUGCUAGGAUUUUUCUAGAAAGGAUUUUGAAACCAAAAAUUUAAUUGAAAGCCAAUUUAGACAAGAGAAGAGGUGGUCUUUUCAUCUGGGGAGGCCAGCUAACACUCAUUUGAAACCUCAGAAGUUAUUUAUAAAGCACCUUAGUAAGUAUAA